AUGUAUUCUUGCGAUAUAUUACCAUUACCAGGAUAAUAAUAACUACGUUAUGGAAAGAAUCUUAAUCUACAUCAUUUAGAUCAUUAUUCAAAGUAAGAAUGAAAAAUUAGUUAUUGUAGUUAAGAUUAACAAAGCUCAAGCAGAAUAAGGAAACCAACCAGCAACUUCAAGUUAUUAAGUGUAUGUAAUUUUAUAUUUAUUACAGUUACACAAUUUAAAGAAAGAUGAAGGUAAAAACUUUUAUCAUCAUACCUCCAUCUAUAAUAUUAAGGAAUAUUUUAAUCUUACUAAAUCUCCUAUAUUUUUGUAAGUUAUUCUAAAUCUAUUGUUUUUUUAUUUAGUUUAAGUAACAAUUCCAAUAAAUUAAAUGAAAUGUAGACAAAAGUACUUUUGACUGAUUUCUAAAGAAAAGUUGCUGCAUAUUUAAAGAAGAUUCCAAAACCUAAGAAUAAUUAAAAAUACUAUUCUGAUAUUAAACCCCCUGGAUAUUAAAAAGAGUAUGAAACUUAAUAAUCCAUUUUACAUACCCAAUAAGAAGAAAUGCUUAAUCGAUCAUUAUGUUUAAAUAAGUACAAUUAUAAACCAGAAUGUAUUUAUCUUAUUGAAUUAUUUUUAAGUUUCAGAUAUAGGUAUUGAAGUCAUUUUGAUGGAUAGUACUAAAUCUUUAUCGAAAUAAGUUAUUCCUAAUGAUAGAAUAUAGAAUCGAUUACUAAAAUUUAUGGAGAAAUACUUAAAUGAUGAACAUAUCGAUUAUGACUUAAAGUAAUUUUGCUCUUUUCAUUUAUAUUA